CCCUCAUUUGUCUUUCAAGAAACACUUGAAAAGCCCAGCAAACUUUUAAAAAUUCCCAUUUCACAGCCAUCAACCACAUUGCCAGAACUCAGCUCCUGAGGCAAUAAAGACCAUGGAGGACGACCAUAUUCUUCUCCCACCAACUGGUUCUACAAGACAACAAGCAAGAAAUUCUUGCAGCCGGGGGACUGCCUACACUGUCUUUUCUCUCCUGGGGGUCUUGCUCCUCGCUGGCCAGGCUGUGACUGUCUACUUUGUGUAUCAGCAUGACAACCAGAUCACCAAACUGACCAAGAACACCCAGCAACUGAAACUGGACUCCCUGACCGGCAGCAUCUCUAAAAAUGUCCAAAGAUCAGGCCCAAAGUUGGCAAUUGCUAAUGUGAUGCCUUUGGCCCUCAAUGAACCGGAGUUUCUGCAGAUGGAAAACAAAUUGACUAAUACCACUGAGGAUCAAGUCAAGCGCUUGCUCUUGAGAGAAAAUCCAACCAGAACUUUUCCUGAAUUAAAAAGCAACUUCCUGGAAAAUAUGGGACACCUGAAGAUCGGCAUGUCUUACAGUGACUGGAAGGAGUUUGAAACCUGGAUGCACAAGUGGCUCAUUUUCCAAAUGGCCCAAAAACAGAAUACUGAAGAAAAAGGGAAAACCAAGUGCCAGAAGGAAGAGUGUGUUAAGGGUGUCCAUCCAGGAAGAUUCUGUGCCCAUUGUGAUGAGAAGGGGGACUAUCUGCCUAUGCAGUGCCAUUCCAGCAGCGGCUAUUGCUGGUGUGUCUACAAAAAUGGCACAAUAAUUGCGGGCUCUAAAAUCCGUGGACGUCCAGACUGUGCUGGAAUAGCUGACCACACUGAAGCACCAGUCCACCCCACUCACCGCCUCCCUGCAGCAAAAAACCCCCAAGGAGGAAUUUUGGAUACUGAGAACGUGACCUAUUCUGGAGACCAAAACUAAUGGAUCUCUUCAGAAAAUAUGAAACAAGGAGGCCUAGCACAUUGGCCUAAGAAAGCCAGAUUGUCUUCAACUUGUUUCACUUUUGUUCUGCUUGGAUGUUGAUUUCAAGAAUUACUAUAACAGCAACCUGCUUCUAAAUUUACCAGUUUAAGAAUUAUCCUUAAAUGGAAAGGAGGAAAGGGUGGAAAGUAGCUUAAUUAUUACUGUCAACAAUGCUCAGUGCAGAUGUAUUCUUUUAGAAAAGUGGCCUAUGCUUAUCCAGGACUUUUAACAAAUAAGCAAGAAAUUUAGUUAUUUCCCUGUAUAAUCAGUUCAUGUCCCCCCACCCCCAUUUUGAUGGUUAAUCAGUUAAGAUCACUCAGUGCAAAUAUUUCAACAGCUGUCCUAUUCCAUAUGUCCAUAUGCCAUCAAACAGGAAUUUAAAACAUGACAAAGAUGCCAUUUCUCCAAAAUGCUUUCUUUGCAAGCUUUAUUUCCCUCAGAUUGCCUCUCUUGAUCUUACAAAACCCACCUAUUCAUAUCAUUAUUUACUUCAUCAUUUUCUCCAUCUUGGCGGCUUCAAAAUGGAUAGAUUGAAGUCCACCCAUCUUGAAGCUAACAAAGUUGAGAUACACAGAUUUACUGUAUUUUAUGGGACUGAUUAGAACAAAAUCUCUAAAACAACUUUCCUGAACUGGCGCCCUCCAGAUGUAUUAUUGCAAGGUCAGAAAUCUACGCCAGCAUGAUUUUUGAUCUUACUCUCUAAGACAGUGUUUCUUAACCAUGGCGAUCCAAGAUGUUUGGGCUUCAAUUGAACCAAGAAUUGCUAAAGUUGAGAAACCUGUUCUAGGGAUUCUGGGAAUUGCAGUCAUCUGGCACACACCAGGAUGGGGCACACUAUUUUACAGGGAAGGAGACAUCCUUACUUCCAGGAAGGCCAACUUUUCUAACUGGAUGGCAUAGGUAACAUGUUUUUUCUUUCCAAGAAAAGCUUAGUAGAGUAUUAGACUUCGGCCUGCUGAUGUGUAUGCAUGCCUUCUUUAGUAGUAUCCUUAAUAUAAUCGUUCGAAGUUAUUGAGCAAGUUAAGAUAAGCAAAGAAGACUUUAAAACAUACUUCUAAUUGAUGAUAGGCUCUCAAGUUUAUAUACCAAUCCUAGUCUAUGGUCUGUUAAUGAUGCACACUGAAUAUAUAAUCACCGAUAACAAACUAAGAUGAUUUUAAUUAUAAGCUUUUGCAAAAUAAAAAAGUAACUAACUAAUGAA